GGGGGCGACACUCCAAAUAGGCUAUAGUGAAACAUAGAUUAGUGAUAUAACCUACCGAUAAGAUGGCGUUGCUGCUCGUGCUAACAGUCUAUAGCACGGGGACGGGAGUGCCGUGUCUCCAAUAAGUGGUCUCUCUUUGACACUUUCUUGAGAAUCUGUGGACAGUUUUAAGCCUAUCCAAAGUCAGUCCAAAUCAGAAGGAUAAAAACACAAAUGGUUCACUGAAUGUUUAUUGAUUUAUACUAAUCUUCACGUGCAUGACACUCUUUUAUAACUGUGAGACUACUGUCAUUUUCACGUAAGCAUUAAGUUGUAGCUUGGAAAGUGUGAUGGCUCAAGCGAAAUUUGGUUUGCCAGAGAAAUCUGGUAUGAGUGUAAAGGAGAGAGAGAAGGAUACAAAUGACAAAGAUGGUUCCACCUGUGCAUUGGAAUGUGCUGUUUGCUUACAACCUUGUAUCCAUCCUGCACGAUUGCCAUGCAGCCAUAUAUUUUGUUAUCUCUGUGUGAAAGGGGUAGCCAAUCAGAGUAAAAAAUGCCCCAUGUGUCGACAAGAAAUACCUCCUGAUUUUUUAGAGAGACCUCAUCUUAUAGAGUUAGAUGAAGCUCAAAAGGAAUCAGACGAAGUUGAGGAAGAAUACCAGUGGUUUUAUGAAGGAAGAAAUGGGUGGUGGCAAUAUGAUCAGCGAAAUAACUUGGAAUUAGAGACAGCAUAUAAGCAGGGUAAAAGAACUUGUGAACUUCUAAUAGCAGGCUUCCUCUACAUAACUGAUUUUGGCACAAUGAUUCAGUUGCGAAGAAAUGAACCUUCACGACGUCGUAGGAUCAAACGAGAUUUACGCAACUGUCCAAAAAAGGGUGUAGCUGGAUUGCGAUUGAAUACACAAGAGGAAGAGCAGAUUGUUAGAGAAAUAAGAGGGGCUGAAAGACCAACUAGUCCUGCCAGUGACAAUAUGGGUACAGGGGAUGGGACAAAUACUCCUAUACCACCUAGCAACACUCCUCAAACUCCUGCCGGUGGUACAGCCAGUGGAGAUGGUACACCACUCACCGAUAGAUCAGAUCAGAGGUCAGAUUCCUUACACCAAGUCUUGGAACAAAUGCAUUCGUUAGCCCCAAGAAGAGAUCAUUUUUCGUUAAAUAGCGAUAACGAAACGGAGGAAUCAGAUAACAAUGGAUCCUUUUCCGAUCACUCAUCAUCAGCCUGGCUGCAAUAGAACACACACUUCUUGGAAGAAGUUGACCCCUACAUAGUCACUCCAAGGAAGAUUAUCUGUCAUUUGUUAAAUAUCUCAAACUAUUAGGUUUGACUAAUUCCAUUUUUUUAUUUAAAAAAAAUUUAUUUAGUUUCCCGUUCAUUUAUAAUCAAAAAUCGGUGAUUCAUGGAUAUUGCUUCAUUCUUUUACAUAAAUGUCUCAUCUAACUUAAAGAUUCUUAAAUUAUAUUUAUUAUCGUGCAUAUUUUACUACGAUUAUAUACAUAUACAAAAGAAUGCAUAAACAGUACAAUUACUGAGAGAUUAAUAUAUAUAUAUAUAUAUAUAAUGUUUUUUUUGUUACAUAUCUGUCAUCAUGUGUUAGCUAUACUUUAACAGAGCAGCAAUUCCAUUUCAUGCGUUUUGAUCUGGCUUAAUUUAUGUUUUAUUUUUUAAAAAGUAAACAGUCAUUCCUAUAUCGUACAGCAGUACAACUACUUUUGUACUUAAUAUAGUAAUUACUUUUGUUUAGGUGAUAACUGUGAUUCUAUUCACUGAUACUUGGCUGGUAUAUACCUGAACUAGAUUGCAUGUGAAAAUCCUAAAGGAGCUAUAUAUAUAAAACUGCAUAAUAAAAUGUCCAACCACAUAUUAUGGUAAGAUAUUAGAUUCCAGUACCGUACAGGAGAAUUUUAUGUUCAAUGUAAUAAUAAGAAUUUUAUAGUACUGCAUCUUGGAUUUCUACUGAAAAAUUAAUAAAGAGCAUUUGCUGCAAUUAUUUUAAAAUAAA